UUGUCUUCUUAGGGAAUUUUAGCCUACUCCUUUGCACACGUCAAGUAUCCUGAACAAUCUCUCUCUCUCUCGCUUUCCCUUUUUGGUUCUGUCCUGUUUUCUUCAUUUAUUCCAACUAGCAAGACAAACGGAAGAAAUGUAUUAUAAAUAUUUCUUGAAGAACUUUAUUAAAAUAAAUAUUAACCAUACAAAUACGCGUACGCAUAUGUGAGCUCAAAGAAAAAAAAAAAGAAUUUACAUAUGUAAAAUUCAGCCAAAUAAUGUAAUCCUAAUCUGAAAGGUCAAACUUUUUGUAAUUUCUUUGAUUGUCUGUUUAAUAGGAUUGCUCACUCUUUUAUACUUUGAUUUUUUUCCAUAUGGCUAUAUUACUUUGUUUUUUUAUUAAAAAGGAAAAUAAUUCUUAAAAUGACUUCUUAGUUGAGGCUGUUUCCAACCCAAGAAAUUCAGGAUGAAAAUGGGUUGCAUAUUAUGUGCUUCAAAAUUCUAAGCAUCUAGUUUUUUCUUGGUAGUUGGAAGAGAGAAGAAAAAUUAUGAUUAACAAGACAAAGGUUGACUUUAACGAUCGUGAAACUUAUGAAUGUCUAUUUAAGGAAUACUGGGAACUGAUGAAGAAAAAAGAGGGUUUGACAGCAGAACAUGUCCAUACAGCGAGUAACUUAUUGAAGAAGGGAAGGAAUUACAGGUGUGACUUCAAUUCAAAUGAAAUUGAGGAAUCAGAAGAAGACACUGAUGAAUAUGAACUAUCAUCAGACUAUGAAGAGUUGGUGUAUACAGAAGAAGGGCAUGCACUGGUUAAAAAAUGCAAAAGAAGAAAGGAGAAGCUAGGCUCAACGAGAAAAAAGAUGAAAUCAAGUAACAAGGAGUUCAUUGGAUGGGGGUCAAAACCAGUGAUAGACUUUCUUUCAAAAAUUGGAAAAGAUACAAGCAAAAAGUUAACACAGCAUGAUGUGGCUUCUAUUAUUACUGCCUAUUGUAAAGAAAACAAGCUCUUCCAUCCUCAAAAGAAGAAGAGGAUUCUUUGUGAUGCCAAACUACAAUCUGUUUUUGGAAGGAAAAUAAUGAAUGUAAAUAGUGUAAACAAACACCUAACUGCUCAUUUUGCUGAAAACAUGGAGGAAUCAUCGGAGGAUGAGAGCACGAGUAGUAUGGAAAAGGAUGAUAAUUCUAUAAUGGCUUGUAAAAGGCAGAGGAAGUUGGGCUCAGACAGAAAACCUGCUGAACAGAACCCAUCAGAUAUGUCACAUAAUUGUUCUGCUGCUAUUAUUGCAGCAAACAUCAAACUAGUCUAUCUGAAAAGAAGUCUAGUAGAGAGGCUUUUGGAAGACAAAGAAUGUUUUGAAGGAAAAAUGAUGGGAAGUUUUGUACGAGCUAAAUCUGAUCCCAAUGACUAUUCACAGAAAAAUUCUUACCAGUUGCUACAAGUUACAGGCAUAAAGAUAGAUUCGAGCAACACUGGGAAACAGGGAAUUCUCCUGCAAGUUGCCAAUAGACUAGACUAUAUACCAAUCUACAAUUUAUCAGAUGAUGACUUUUUUGAGGAAGAAUGCGAGGAUUUGCACCAGAGAGUGAGAAAUGGCCUGCUCAGACAGCCCACACUGGAGGAGCUUUGUGAGAAGGCAAAAAGUCUGCAUGAGGACAUCAUAAAACAUUGGAUUCCAAAAGAGCUGGCUAGAUUGCAGACAUGUAUUGAUCAUGCAAAUGAGAAGGGAUGGAGAAGAGAAUUGUUUGAGUACAUGGAAAAAAGAAUUCUACUUCAAGAGCCAUCAGAACAAGCGCGGUUGAUACAUGAGCUUCCAAAAGUGAUAGCAGAUAUUCCCGAACCCACGUUUGAGGAUUUGCUAGAGAAGGAUGAAGUAAAUCAUGUGCUUGUUGAUAGAAAAGACGGCAGAAAAGCUGCCACAGCUGCUGAGGUAGAAGAAUGUCUGAUUGGCGUACGGAAUAUCUCAGAGAAGCAGCAACAAUCUGAAGUAUCUACUUGUAAAGAUUUCGCUAAAAAAUCUUGCAUCUCAGCCGUGGAGUUUCAAACUCGUGAUGAGCAGCAUCAAUCCAUUCUGCCAAAGGAGCAUGUAUGUUCCAAUCCUUCCUGGAACAAUAUUCAAAGUGAGUCUAUCAAUGUUCAAGAAUCAAAGUUGAAAAAUAAAAAUGCUUCUGAAGUUCAAUUGUCGAAGUUGAAAAAAAAAUUUGAUUCUGAAGUUCAUUUGAUAGAAUCGAAGUUGAAAAACAAAAAGGCUUCUGAAGUUCAGUUGAUAGAAUCAAAGUUGAAAAACAAAAAUGCUUCUGAAGUUCAGUUGAUGCAGUCAAAGUUGAAAAACAAAAUUGCUUCUGACGUUCAGUUGGUAGAAUCAAAGUUGAAAAACAAAAAUGCUUCUGACGUUCAAAUGGUAGAACCAAAGUUGAAAAACAAAAAUGCUUCUGAAGUUCAGUUGAUUGAACUAAGCGACGAUGAUGAGGACUUGAGGGUUGAAGAAAAAAUGCAGAAUUUAGAGAAUCCAAAUGUCUCCAUGUGGUAUUGUGCAAGUCCUCAAGGCGAGACAAGGGGACCGUUGCCAAUGUCGUUAUUGAAGCAAUGGAGGGACAGCAGCUCAUUUGAGUUGAAAUGCAAGGUUUGGAAGAGUGAUCAGAGCUCACAAGACGCAAUCCUUUUAAGUGAUGCCAUUCGGUUGCUUUUCCCUGAAUAAAUUGUGGACUGCUAAUAUAUUUUUGCAUCAACUCAAUGUCUAUAUGAUGCAAAACUACUGUACAGUUAGAAUUGUAAAUGGUAGUAAAGAAGGGAAACUGUUGCUGCUUAGUGCUUUCAAUGGAAGCUCUUUUUUGACAAGAACAAAUCAUUUUGUGUGAGAUAUGAAAAUCAGAAUUGGUAUUUAUCAACCAUAGCCAAGGGAUUUCCAGACUUUCA